CGCAAACUUCAUCACAUUUAAAACCAAAGCCCCAAAUCCUCAAUUUAGGUUUCAAAGCAAAUUAACCUCAGAAGAUGUCUGGUCGUGGAAAGGGUGGAAAGGGUCUGGGCAAGGGAGGUGCCAAGAGGCACAGGAAGGUGCUUCGCGACAACAUUCAGGGCAUCACCAAACCUGCGAUUCGUAGGUUGGCGAGAAGAGGUGGUGUUAAGAGAAUCAGUGGUUUGAUCUACGAAGAGACCAGAGGAGUUCUCAAGAUUUUCUUGGAGAACGUGAUUCGCGAUGCUGUCACCUACACCGAGCAUGCUAGGAGGAAGACUGUUACUGCCAUGGACGUUGUUUAUGCGCUCAAGAGACAGGGAAGGACCCUCUAUGGAUUCGGAGGCAUACCCCAAUCUUCCUGUCAAACUUCAUUCAAAUUGCAACCAAAACCCCAAAUUUUCAAAUUCGAGUUUUCAGCAAAUAAUCCUCUGAAGAUGUCUGGUCGUGGAAAAGGUGGAAAGGGUUUGGGCAAGGGAGGCGCCAAGAGGCACAGAAAGGUUCUCCGCGAUAACAUUCAGGGCAUCACCAAGCCUGCAAUUCGUAGAUUGGCGAGAAGGGGUGGUGUUAAGAGAAUCAGUGGUUUGAUCUACGAAGAGACCAGAGGGGUUCUCAAGAUUUUCUUGGAGAACGUGAUUCGUGAUGCUGUCACCUACACCGAGCACGCUAGGAGGAAGACUGUUACUGCCAUGGAUGUCGUUUAUGCGCUCAAGAGGCAGGGAAGGACCCUCUAUGGAUUUGGAGGCUGAACAAUUUCUUUGGUCUUAUCUCAACUACUUUUUCUUUUGAAUUCCCUAAUGUUUAGUUUACGACUGUUGUGUAACAUAUAAAAGCUUAUUGGGUUGUGUUUUGCGUACAAAGUGUACAACUUUGAAUGAAAUCGAAUGAAGGAGUAUUGCUUUUGUGGUGCAUGUUAUGGACCAAGCAUGUGUUUUUA